AUGCGCAUGGCACAGGACAGUUUGAGUCCGUUUCCGAUUGUUCCCCUGUUGCUUUGUUACCUGCGUGUCCCUUCCAUCUCGAAAACGCCCGUGCUUUCUUCGAAAUAUUUGUCGCAUCCGCUCUUCGAGCGACAGCGAAAACAGACACCUUUGCAGAUUGUUCGAAGAGUUGGCACUCUGUCCCACGUGUUGGUCAUGAGUUUCGUGGAAAAGGGCUAUGAUAGUGAUGAAAUCCGACGUCAUGCCAGCAGGGUCCACGCGAAUCAAAACGCGGAAGUGGAGUACCGGCCGAAAGUUGAACUGGAAGCGGCCGUUAAAGAAAUGAUGGACACGUGCAAAAUAAUCGGUUUCCACAACCCGACCGGUGAAGGCUGUUCCAGUGCGUUGCUGAAGGGCGACGACGAAAGCAUCGAAAGUCUGCGCAAGUCAAUUCUUGGUUCUAGUCAGCUGGGGCUCGGGCCGUUUGACCCGGACUCGGGCAACCAGAGUCUGUUUUCCGGCUACCUGUGUGCGGCUUUAGCGCGGAUCAGCUCGGAGAGGUUGAAGUGCAAUUUAUGCGGCGAGUCGAUAUCGAACAAGCCGGACGCCGUAGUGUACCAUCUGCGGGGCCACAUCAGUUUCAGCAAGUUCGUCUGUCCUUACUGCGGCAUCUACAUCGAAUCGGCGUUGUGCUACGAGAUGCACCUGAACUCGGAGCACGCAGACAUGGACAACCAGCGACCGAUCGACUACGUGCGCAAGAUCCUGUGCAAGGAGCUGAGCGAAAUGGUCGAGGUGCUGUUCGACGGCAUCAACCAAGCGCUGACGCUCAAGUGCGAGCUGUGCGGUCAGAUGAUCCUCUGGAGGUGGUCCUCGCUGUUGAUGCACGCGCGCCAGCACGAGAACUACUAUCCGUACCAGUGCGGCAUCUGUGACACGAUGUUCCCGGAUCAGAUGUUGUUCACGCAGCACCUGCUGCAGGCGAACCACCCGGUCAAACAGACGACCAUGCAGGUGAUUUCCAACUACGAGGCGGAAGAGCAAAGUUUCCGAAACUUGUCCAAGUGCUUCCCGUUGUUCACCUCUCAACUGUUGGACAAUUUCGCCGCCUCCAGAAACGACGACACGCUCACCAAAGCGAGUGCGAGUUCGGCCGUCUCACCGGCCGACGAUGCCCAAGGCAACAGCAGCUAUAAGAGCCCGAAACUACACAUCCAAACGUCCGGCAAAGCGACGUUGCAUUGCAAACUUUGCCAGGCGAAAAUCUCGCGCAACAUGUCUUGCCUUAUAGCCCACGCCAAAGUGCACCUGGCCUACAAGCCACUAAAGUGUGAAUAUUGUAACUUUCGACAUUUCGCCAUGUCCAAAAUUCGUCGACACAACGUGCGAGUGCACGGAAGCAAACCGGUGAAGGUCAGCUAUCACCCGGUGGCGGACAUCGGCCGGCAAAUCAAGGAGAUGAAGCUGGAGUGCUUCGGCAGCUGUCUGUCGAGCAGGAACUUGUACCAACGUUCGGCGGCGUCCACAGCCGGCAACGAAGAAGACGCGGUGGUGGACGACGAGUGUCCGAGUGCGGCCGAGAACGUCGACACGGCCCUCACCGGACAACUGCCGUUUCUAUUGCCGUUUUCGAUGGACGCCGGCAAGGCCUUACAGAUGGCGGCGAUGGCCGGCAACGGCUCGGAUGCGCGUUGUUCGACGGCGACCGGGAGCUCGACCAGUGCCGCCGCCGGCAGUAUCCUGAACCGACUGUCGGCAGCGACGGUCAGUCUCGACGAGGUGCUGAAACAGGAGGGCUGCUCGAGCACUGCUGACCAUUGCGACCUCCCAGGACUGGGCAAGAAAAUGUGUUGCAUGUGCAACACGUACAUCGCCAACAACCCGAGCUCGUUCGAGAACCACGCCUGCAAACACCUCGACUACAAGCCGUACCACUGUCAGUACUGCACUUACCAGUCGUACAUCCGCGGCAAAGUC